CUAUCCCUUCGUCAGCAUCCUUGUCAUCCAUCACGCAUCGAUACUUCUCCAUCGAAUUAAUCCUUUCGUUUCGUUAAAGCUUCACACUCUCCCCUACUCGCAGCUGAAGAACUGCUGAUGAGGCUGCAGCCACGCGGCCAGCCACAACGUCGUAUUUCGCAUUCAGCUUGUGUUGCCGACAACACUAUAUGCGAAAUACGCUGAUUUCUAGACUUUAAUGUAUAGAACAAUGCGACGCUUUUGAAAUGACGCUUGAAGCAAGCGCUUUCUUCUGUUUUUAUCGCAAGUCUUUCUAGGCUCGACCGGCUUGCUCUGCACGAAUUGCAAACUAUUCCGCCUCCGAAGUACGGAUUAUCUAACAGCAUAUUUCGACAUUUGCGGUCCAAAGAUCUUGAAUCUGACGGACUUCGCUCCUUCGCAGUCAUACUGCGAAGAUGCCUACGCAGCAUGCACUCAUCAUCGGCGGCGGCAUUGCUGGGGCCGCAGCCGCUCUUGCCCUCACGCAGCGCAACCGCAUGACUUGCUCCAUCUUUGAGAUCAGAUCGGAGCCUGCAACUAUUGGUGGCGCCAUCAACCUCACACCAAACGCCAUGCGGUACCUGGAGCAUCUCGGGGUCCUCCCACGGCUCAAGCCGAAAGGCUGCGAAGUCAAAUAUAUCGACAUCCUGUCCCUGCGGACAGGCCAACCACUGGGAAAGAUCAACUUCGACAACAUCGAGAAGUUCAAACACCAUGCGCUCAGAGUCAUGCGCGACGACCUUCUUCAAUCCAUGCUGCAGACGCUGAAAGAGGCUGGGGUGGACGUUCAAUACGGCAUGAAGGUACAGUCUGUCAUUGAAGCGAACGAAUCGAUCUCAGCCGUGUUUGAAGAUGGAACAACUGUCAAAGGAGAUAUUUUGCUCGGUUGUGACGGCAUACAUUCUGCGAUUCGGACCAAGUUCAUCGACCCUUCUCGGAUGCCCGAGUAUACGGGCGUAGCCUGCGCCUAUGAUUUGCUGGAUGCUGGUGAUCUUCGAGAAAUCAUACCCAUUGAAUCCACUUCCUUAUACACUGGCGGCUUUGGUUCUUUGCUCCUAUCAUACACAAAUGCGGCGAAGACACGCUUAUACAUUUCUGCAGUCAUGGGUACGGAAGAUGUCGGAAGCAGAGAAGGAUGGGCCAUAAAAGGUCAAGACCAAGAAGCAAUGAAGCAGGAUCUUCUAAGGCGGUUCCGCGGGCCCACGCUGCCGUUCCUAGAGAAGCUACUGAGCCGCACUGAUUCCUUAGUUCUCUAUCCCGUCUUCAAAAUCUCUGACAAUGGGCCCUGGACCUCAGGCCGCAUGUUGCUCCUCGGAGAUGCUGCGCACGCUAUGCCUCCACAAGGCGAAAGCGUCGGCUUGGCACUCGAAGACGUUAUGCUUCUGUCGCGCGUUCUGGAACACUGUAACGGAAAGUCUGUGGAAGAGUCAUUUCAGCUUUACGAUAAGCUACGCAGACCGAGGAUCAACGCUGCCGUCAAGAUGGCAAAUUUUGGUUUUGAAACUGUUAAGCGGAAUGGCUGGUUCAAGACGAUUCUGAUUGAGUGGAUCACGUGGAUUUUUCUUGCUUUUACAUCGUCUCGGAAAGAGAGGGAAUUUGCGUACGAUGUACGGGACAUCGACCUAGACUGCUUUGGCUGAUCUCUUUGAGUUCAGUUGAGCGUUAGACCUCUCCUACCCUGUUUUCGAGCGGUAAAAUGCUCGAAUAGCUCUAUAGUGUAAGAAAUGCGGAUAUCUCAUUGAUACCAAGUUUGUUCCUAGUCCCC